AUGGGAUACCAAUAUUACCACUACAACCCUUCCCCGAGCGCCGCAAUCCCGUUCGCAGCCCUCUUCGGGUUGACAGCCGUCGUUCACAUAUGGCAAACCGUCCGCGCCCGAACAUGGUAUCUAAUCCCCUUCAUCAUCGGAAGUAUAUUUGAAGCGACCGGCUACCUCUGCCGAUACAUCAGCGCGACCGAAACGCCCGACUGGACGAUGAAGCCCUACGUGGGCCAGCAACUGCUCAUCCUCCUGGGGCCAUCGCUCUUCGCCGCCUCGAUCUACAUGUUAUUGGGACGGAUUAUCCGCGUGCUGAACGCCGGCUCCAUCUCCCCAAUCCGGCCGACAUGGCUCACCAAGAUCUUCGUCACCGGCGACGUGAUUUCCUUCCUACUCCAAAGCGGAGGGGGCGGAAUGCAAGCCAGCGCCAAAGACGCCAACCAAGCCCAGCUGGGCGAACACAUGAUCCUGGGCGGCCUCUUCGUGCAGAUCCUCUUCUUCGGCAUUUUUAUGAUCGUCUCGGUGAUUUUCCACCGGCGGAUGCUGAAAACGCCCCUACACCACGUGGGCUCGGCGCCGGUCCCCUGGAAUAAAUACCUGAAGGUUCUCUAUGUUGUUAGUUUGCUCAUCUUGAUCCGGUCGCUGUACCGCGUGGCGGAGUAUAUUCAGGGGAAGAGCGGGUUUCUGCAGAGCAAGGAGAUUUUUAUUUAUCUGCUAGAUGCGGCGUUGAUGUUGACGUGCUGCGCCAUCUUCAAUGUCUGGCAUCCGAGUGAUGUCGUCUCCGGGAGACAGGCCCUGUAUAAACAGCCUGAGGAUCUGGAGAUGUUGAAUGGUGGGUAUCGGUAG